AACUCUCAGUGACAAGUGGAUCACUGUUAAAUGAUCAUAUGCUUAAUGCUAUAAAUAAAUUAGAUCGCAAAGGGAAGCCAUGUUUAAAGUACGAAAAACGCCUUGUGCGUUAAAUAAAACUGUAUAUGACGAAGAUAAAGAAUCCUUUAAUUGUCAGAAGUCGGUCAGCAAGGUUUAUCAUUGUAUCCAAGAUGAUGGAAAGAGAUUGGGUGAGAUAUGUAUACAGUACGUCUGGGUCCAACCAAACUACUGUCCGGAAUACAACACCGAGGCCAACGCUCUUAAUGUAGUUCCUUGUAAUGUAUCCACGGGGUCAUGUCCAAAGAAACAGUUUCAAUCUAACGAGGUCUACAAGUAUCCUGCGUGUCUAAACUCAUCAAUAGCAGGUGAUGUAAAUGUUUCUAAAGAAAAUAUAACCCCACUAUCAUGGAUCUUUGUCGUAGCAGGAGCAUCAGUUCUGAUAAGUCUUCUCUUAGUGAGCUGUGUUUUGUAUAAAAUUUGGCCAAAAAAACGAAAUCAGAAGGAAGAGGAGGAGAGUUUACGACCACUGCUUCUACUAAAUGGUUUAAAGGAGCCUUUUUACGAAUCUGCAGCAUUUGACGAAGGAGUGAAGUUCAUAAAAAGCGGUGGAAAACUACUUUGUUUGACAGGACUGUGGGGAUCUGGAAAAACGGCAACAGCUAAACAAAUAUACAAGUCUGUCACCAAUACACAUCCAAUCAUUAUGCAAAUUCCUUUAAAAUUCGAUGUUGGUAAUGAACCCAUUAUCUUUGAUGGAGCGAUUUUAAAGGAAAUAACGAACGGUGAAAAGGAUCAGUUAAGGGAAAAAAUAAAUACUUUAUUUGAAAAUAUGUUACGCUCAGGGAAAAAACCGUUCAUAAUUAUUACACUAGAGGAGAAUAUGGAACAUUUGUAUGGUUUUGUCAAAUCUCUUAUUCCAUGCGAAGAUGAUGUCAGAUUCAUAAAUCUUACAAAGAAAUUAACAAAGGGAGAUAGAAUUCAAAUUCUGGACUCACAAUUUGAAGUUUUCAGUCCAAAUGAAAAUUUUAGUAAAGUUGAACAGCUAGCUUUAAAAGGUACAGGUCAUUCAUUGGGAUACCCGGAAACAUGUGCUUUGUUUUUAAGAUGUAGUGCAUUCCAAAAAAUUGGUCCAGUGGUAUUUUGUAAUCGUCCUUUACGAUAUUUAAAGAGGCAAUUAGAAGAUAUGCAUUAUUCCGAAGAUAGUAAAAAGUUUCUGAUGUUGGUUUAUAUGAGUCUGAAUCAAAUGGAGAUAGAUUUUGACACCACAAACGAUAUGCUUAAUGAAAUACUCAAGUCAUGCCAAUGUGGUAUCAAUAAAAAUGACAAGAGCAAAACAACACAAAUGAAAUCUCUCGGUAUUAAAUUGAGAAAUGUAGGCGAUGAGCUGAAUGACUCAAUUUUCAAAAGCACGCUUGAAGAAAAGGAUAGACACAAAAAUUAUUUGACAUCCUUACUGUCGAAAGAGUUUGUGGUCAAGAACGCAGAUACGUCAAACUACAGAUUGCAACAUGCCGUUAUAAAAAGAAUGGCUCUAAUAGUUUUUGGAACCUAUCAUUUUGAUAAACUGCUUGAAUUUUCCAAACAAGAAGAUUUAAAAGGGUGGGUUAAAGAAAAAAAAAUUAAUUGCAAUCCAUGUGAACGUUUACGAGAUGUGAAACCUGUUUUGGAGAUCAAACAAGACCAAUGGAGGCAAUUUCAAAAAAAAUUAGGAAAAGCGUCGAUUUAGGAAUAA